AUGCCAAAAAAUGGUCAUGAAGAUAUUCUGAAGAAAGUAUCAUUUUCUAUACCAAUAUUCCACUGUUAUGGGCAUGGUGUUCCAUGUCAGAUUUUGUAUGGACCCAGAAGAACUAAAAAUCUUGGUUUGACAGAUGGAGAAGGGAUAGAGAGGCUUUGGUCAUAUCUUGGCAAGUUUUCAUCUAUAACUAAAGAGAUGUCCCCAGAAAACCGAACUGAUUUAUUGACAGAUGGCUUGAUUUAUUAUGGACAGAAGAUUAAAGACAAGUUAGGUGACACUCUUGUAUCAAAGUAUAAAAGAGCAUCAAAAUUAGAGGAGAACAGUAACACUUCAUUGCUAGAAAUGUUAUCUUCAUUUCCAGAUGGUGAAGCUGACAUGGACAUAGUUGAGGAAUGGGUGAAUGAAGAAAAGACAUCUAUCUUGUCCAGAAUGCAGAACAGUUCAAAUGAAUCUGAAUAUGUUCUUAGCAAGACAGAUAUUUAUGCUUUGGAUCUGCAGAAAUAUUAUAGAAUAAGAUGUGAUGGAAAUGAGGAAGAUCUCUCAAGGUUGGAAAAGAAGUUAUCUGCUUAUGAAAAUAAGAACAAGAUAAAAAGAAUUGAUAAAGACGGUGAGACUUUCAUAUCUUGUUUGAAAGUAGCAAAGACCAAGGAAAAGAAGCUAGCACUGACUACAAUUCGCCAGCAGGUUUCAGAGAAACAGUAUCUGUUGAAACUAAUAAGGAAAUAUGCAAAGGGGCAAGCAAUUUACCAUCGACUUUCGAAACAGCUUAAGUGUGUCAUUAAAAAAGAAAAGAAGUCAAUUGACGGAUACAACAAAAUAGGAGAGCCCUGUUUUAACAUGCCUCUAAUUAUUUGCUCUGAUGAUGUAAAUACUGUUGAGAGCGAGAUUUUCAAUUGCCUAGGACAGAAUGAAGGAAGCUCCAGGAUACCAUCAGUAUUGAAACAGGAAAUUGUCCAGUUGAAAUGCCUUGUCACCAGAUGUCAGGAAGAGAAAGAACUCCUGAAACAAGAAAUGUCCUCGACUUUGAAUUGGUACCAGGAUCAACUUGUGAAAUUAAGGAGAAGGUUGGGAGAGCUUGAUACUUCUGGGAGUUUCUCACAUCUUAUACGAGAAGGAAUGUACUUGGAAAUGUUAAUUACUCAUUUGAGUAAUCUUUUCCAAGAAUACAUUGGGGAUACAUUUACUCCUCUACCUUUAAUUUUAACAGAAAAUGUAAUGUCAGAUGACCACAAAAAAAUGUCUGAAAUGUUGGCUUACCUGGCAUCUGUUGAAGAUUUAUUAGUAGAUGGAGAUAGUGACAGUGAUAUAGAAAGUGACAGUGAAGAUGAGAGUGACUGUGAGACCGAAUUAGCUUAAAAAGUACAUUUUAAAUCCUUUUUUUUUGGUUUAUGAUAUAUAAUUAAAAAUUUGCUUUAUAAACUCAUAAUUUUCAACAGAUUUUUUGCUAAUUGAUUCAACAUAGCUGAUACCUAAUGUUCAAUAUGAGAAAGUUAUUUAACAUUUUGGUAUAAACUGAAGUAUCAAAUGAUAAACUCAAGAAAAAAGGAAUUAGUUAUUUGUCUGUAAAUUAUUGUUUAAAUAAAGAAAUAUAUAAACUACAGUAUUUGUUAAAGAUGUCUAACUUUGAAAUUGAGAAUAAGCCUUUUAAGAAUUUAUUGGAAAAAACUUUAAAGAGUUUGUCAAAUUCAUGGUCACCGAUUUAACUCAAAUUCUCAUAUUUUUUUUAUAACAAUGUACUUCAUUUAUCAAAACUAUCAAAAAUUUUAAGUCAACACUUUACAGAGCAUAGGGUCAAUAAUGUGUAGUUUAAUUUUGUGAAUAUCUUAGUCAAGACUACAUCUAAUAAACUAUCAAGUUGACCUUAGAUGACCAUAUAAGCGAUGUUAACAUAAAUAUAGAUACAAAUAUAUUAAGCCAACUCUUUUUCUUAGAUUUUUAAAGGUCUGUUUAAUUUUAUUAUAUAGAUUAAAAAUAUAUUUUUCUUAUCAUUUUUACCUGUUUAAAAAAAAUGGUAGGUCAAAUCACUCAUCAAUUGAUUCACCUUUGUUUCACUUUCAAUGUUGACAUUCUUUUCCUUUUAAUAACCAGUACACAUACAAUGCAUGUGUUGUCUAUUACUAGUUUAGGGGUUAAAUUGAAGUUCUCAUGAAUAGAUUUAAUGAGGUGGAAAUUGCAAGUGAAUAAUUCAUAAUCAAUGUUAUUUAGCUUCAUUUGUCAAAAUUGAACCAUUUUAUACAGGUUUGAUCCUGUAUGAUCAUGUAUUUACAUUUUGAUAAAUAAAAAAAUCCAUAGACUAUUUUUUACCUGAUUAAAUCAAAUAUGUAAUGCAAAAUACAAUGUUAUGCGCUAAUUUUUGAGUAAAAUGAGGUUGAAAUUUUGUUUAUCUGCUCAAAAAUCAGAUUUGUGGCCGUAUUUUUGCUUUUAAAAGAAAGACAUAACAACUUGCUAUAUAUUUAUUAAAUUUAUAAAAAUAGUACUAUUUACAUUUUCAUGAAAAUAGGCAUUUUAAAACAGUGCAUGAACUUGUUUUCAAGUUAAAUAAGUUUGAAUGAUAAAAAUCUGUCAAAAAUUGAAUCUUUUCCCUACAAGUCAUAGUUUAACGUAGCGAAAUUAACAAUUUAUGUUAGCAACGUCAUUACCUCUCCUGUAAAUGUAUGGUACCCUUAAAACGAAUAUUUUUUUCAGUUCUAUUAUUGAUUGAACAAAAACAAAUCAUACUUAAGAUUUCUCAUAUAUCUCGUAGCUAAUGUCCCUUUAAAGAUAGAUCUUAUUUUUUUAGUCAUAAUGAUUGGCUUGUAUUCAGAUUAUGUUUUAACAAAAAAAUAGUUAUAUACUGUGGAUUCAUUAUUAUUCGUUUGAUACCAAUUUUCGUUGAUUUCGUGGGUAGAGGGGCACCACGAAUUAAAUUGUUCAACGAAUUAAGAAUUUUCUAUAGGAAUAUAUACAGAAUUUGUCAAAACCAUGAUAUCAAAUCUCCACGAAAAUGCAAGUUUUCCUCAAUCCACAAAAAUUGGUACCCAGGAAAAUAAAUGAAUCCCCAGUAUAAUUUCAAUUGAGUGAAAUACUGAAAUAACUUUUAGCUUCAUAUAUCAGAGAUUUGAAACUUAUUUUAUGAUUGGUGGUAUCUUUACACUGGUGGCUUUAUUAUUAUUAAUUAAAAUCAAUAGAGAUGAGUCCUGUCAGUAUAGAAAGUCCCUGGUUGAUAGUUCUUAAUUGAUUCUUCUACAUUUGUACACUGUGAUGUUUAUUGCUGUAUUAUUUAUCAAAUAUAU